AGCUGCCGCAGAGGCUGAUGGGGGACUGACGCCUGUGAGGCUGCCAGCGUCGGUACCAUGGCGACGCGCGGUGGGGCUGAGGUGGCAAUGGCGGCUUGGUACCUCUUAUCUGCCCGGGCCGUGACCGUGUUCCUCCUGUUGUCCCUCCCUCGCUUCUUACAGGCCCAGACCUUCUCUUUCCCUUUCCAGCAGCCGGAGAAGUGCGACAACAACCAGUACUUUGAUAUCUCCGCGCUCUCCUGUGUUCCGUGUGGAGUUAACCAGAGGCAGGAUGCCCGAGGAACUUCAUGUGUAUGUCUACCAGGAUUUCAGAUGAUCUCUAAUAAUGGAGGACCUGCUGUUAUUUGUAAAAAGUGCCCAGAAAACAUGAAAGGUGUUACAGAAGAUGGCUGGAACUGCAUUUCUUGCCCUAGUGGCUUAACUGCCGAAGGAAAAUGCCACUGUCCUGCUGGCCAUAUUUUAGUGGAAAGAGAUAUUAAUGGAACAUUGUUGUCUCAAGCAACUUGUGAGCUCUGUGAUGGAAAUGAAAACUCUUUUAUGGUAGCAAAUGUUUUAGGAGACAGGUGCGUCCGAUGUGAGCCAACAUUUGUUAAUACCAGCAAGUCCUGUGCAUGUUCAGAACCUAACAUUUUAACAGGGGGAUUAUGUUUCAGCAACACAGGGAAUUUUCCUCUACGUAGAAUUUCAACUGCACGUUAUGGAGAAGUUGUAUAUGCCAAUCUAACAUCUUGUCAAGCUCUUGGAAAUAUAUGUGUGAUGAACAUGAAUUCUUACGACUUUGCCACAUUUGAUGCAUGUCGACUAUUUCAGUUUAUCUUUGAAAAUACUGCUGGACUGAGCACUGUUCAUUCUAUUUCAUUUUGGAGACAGAAUCUUCCUUGGCUGUUUUAUGGAGACCAGUUAGGAUUAGCACCUCAAGUGCUCAGUUCUACCUCUCUUCCUACAAAUUUCAGUUUUAAAGGAGAAAACCAGAAUACAAAACUGAAGUUUGUUGCUGCUUCCUAUGAUAUAAGAGGAAAUUUUCUCAAGUGGCAAACUUUAGAAGGAGGUGUUUUACAGCUUUGUCCAGACACAGAAACAAGGCUAAACGCUGCUUAUUCAUUUGGAACAACCUACCAACAAAAUUGUGAGAUUCCUAUCUCUAAGAUCUUAAUUGACUUUCCCACUCCUAUAUUUUAUGAUGUGUACCUUGAAUAUGCUGAUGAAAAUCAACAUCAAUAUAUUUUGGCUGUGCCUGUGUUAAACCUAAAUCUUCAACACAAUAAGAUAUUUGUGAACCAAGACAGCAACUCUGGCAAGUGGCUUCUAACUCGGCGCAUUUUCUUAGUGGAUGCAGUAAGUGGACGAGAAAAUGACUUAGGAAGUCAGCCAAGAGUAAUUCGAGUUGCUACCCAAGUAUCACUGAGCGUCCACCUUGUACCCAACACAAUAAAUGGAAACAUCUACCCUCCCUUAAUCACCAUUGCCUACAGUGACAUUGAUAUCAAAGACGCCAAUAGCCAGUCUGUGAAGGUUUCUUUCUCAGUCACAUACGAAAUGGAUCAUGGAGAAGCACAUGUCCAGACAGAUAUUGCUUUGGGUGUAUUGGGUGGGCUAGCUGUUUUAGCAUCUCUUUUGAAGACAGCAGGAUGGAAGAGGCGCAUUGGGAGUCCCAUGAUUGACUUACAGACAGUUAUGAAAUUCUUGGUGUACUAUGCUGGUGAUCUGGCCAAUGUUUUCUUUAUCAUCACAGUGGGAACAGGUCUUUACUGGCUUAUUUUCUUCAAAGCACAGAAGUCUGUCUCUGUUUUGCUACCAAUGCCAGUUCAGGAAGAACGUUUUGUCACUUAUGUUGGAUGUGCCUUUGCUCUGAAGGCACUACAAUUUUUGCAUAAGCUCAUAUCGCAGAUUACAAUAGAUGUAUUCUUUAUUGAUUGGGAGCGACCUAAAGGAAAGGUUCUUAAAGCUGUUGAAGGUGAGGGUGGUGUACGAAGUGCCACUGUUCCUGUAAGCAUAUGGAGAACAUAUUUUGUAGCAAAUGAAUGGAAUGAAAUUCAGACUGUGAGAAAAAUUAAUUCACUAUUUCAAGUACUUACUGUCCUCUUCUUUUUGGAGGUUGUGGGAUUCAAGAACUUGGCAUUAAUGGACUCAUCUUCUAGUCUUUCUAGAAGUCCAUCUAGCUAUGUAGCUCCUUAUAGCCGCAUUUUGAGAUAUGCAGUGUCUGCUGCUCUUUGGCUAGCCAUUGGAAUUAUACAGAUCGUGUUCUUUGCUGUCUUUUAUGAGAGAUUUAUAGAAGAUAAAAUUCGACAGUUCGUUGAUUUAUGCUCUAUGAGUAAUAUAUCAGUGUUUCUAUUAUCCCACAAAUGUUUUGGAUAUUACAUUCAUGGUAGAUCAGUACAUGGGCAUGCAGAUACUAAUAUGGAAGAAAUGAAUAUGAACCUUAAAAGAGAAGCGGAAAAUUUGUGUAGCCCUUUUUUAAUAGAUGAAGGUUAUUCUUUCAGCAGUGUCCUGUAUUAUGGAAAUGAAGCUACCCUUCUUGUUUUUGAUCUGCUGUUCUUCUGUGUUGUGGAUUUGGCUUGCCAAAAUUUUAUUUUAGCAUCCUUCCUUACAUAUCUACAACAAGAGAUUUUUAGAUAUAUCCGUAAUACAGUAGGACAAAAGAAUUUGGUGUCCAAAACAUUGGUGGAUCAAAGAUUUUUGAUUUAACUUCCUGAAUAAAUAACUUAAAGACUCAGUAUAAUCAUGGCCAAAAAAAUGUCAUGAUAUCAGGUUAGUUUGCCAUAUUUUAAAAACUUUUAAUGCAAACUAUUCUGUUUUUGUUUUUUAUUUGCAGAAAGAUUUAUUUUUAUAAUUUGGAAUAUAUAAUGUGAUAAAACAGAAAAUAUUGUUUUCCCAUUGUGUGUGGUAUUUAAUGCAGUAAAUAAUAAAUUAACACUGACAGUGAGGCCAAAAAAAAAUCUAAAUGUUGCUUUCAGCAUAAUACUUUUUAAUGAUAAUUAAAACAGUCCCCAUCAAUUUUCUCUGUGGAUUAUUUUAUAAACUGACAGCUGCCUGAAUUUUCUCACAUUGACAAAGUAAUUCGAUUCCAAGUUUAAGACUAGUUUUCAGUUUGAUAUUUUCAUGUUUUGUGUGCUUGUGGUUAAAUAAAUGUUGAAAGAUAUUUUCAAGUUUACUUAGAAAUUUUAAAUUGUAUUAUUGCUGACUCAAUUUGCCUUAUUCUAAUUGCUUACCUUAGUUGGCAGUGGAUUAAUUCACUGUUGGAUUGAUAUGCAUCUCAUGAAAUGAUGUCUUUUCAUUCCUUUGUAUACCUGUAUUAAGUCAGUAUGCUCUUUCCAUGCAAUAUAUUUGCAUUUCUAAUAUAGUUUACAUUUAUUAAGUUAUCAUAUGUGACAUUUUUCCCAAUAUCAUUUUUUAUAUAUUUUAAUUACUUAAUAUUUUAAGAGUUAUCUUCCAAAGUUUUGCUUUUCAAUUAUGUUUAAAGAUUAUAAAUAGCAAACAGUAAGGCUGGGUGCUGUGGCUCACGCCUGUGAUCCCAACACUUUGGAAGGCCAAGGCGGGUGGAUCACUUCAAGUCAGGAGUUCAAGACCAGCCUGGCCAACAUGGCAAAACCCCAUAUCUACAAAAAAUACAAAAAUUAGUUGGAUGUGGUGGCCUGUAAUCCCAGCUACUUGGGAGGCUGAGGAACAAGAAUUGCUUGAAACCAGGAGGUGGAGGCUGCAGUGAGCCAGAUAGCACCACUGCACUACAGCCUGAACGACAGAGCAAGACCCUGUCUCAGAAAAAAACAAAAACAAAAAACUGUAAAUGUAUCAUGUUUCUCACUGCUUUCUAUGUUAAUGCUGUGUAAAUACUUAAAAUGGAAUACUGUAUAAAUAUUGUUUAUAUUUUCUCAGUUGAAAAUAUAUACUAAAACAUUUGGUGUUUCUGUUUUCUAUUUCAUUAAUGUAUAUCUCACGGAGUAGCAUUUAGGAAUAUAGCAUUAUUGGGGCAGAAGUCCCAGCCAUUGCCAAAGUUGAAUCUUUUACAUUUCCCUGAAUCUUGAGGAUGACUGAAAAGGAAGUCUUUGAAAGUGCAGUUUCUGAAGGAUCACAGUACAGGAAUGCCUUUAUAAAAGCUGCAGAGAUAAAUAUAUGUACCGGCAUGGAUUUUUAAAACCACUCAGUCAGAAACGUAUGAAAGAAAUUCAACCAUCAUUCAACAUAGAAGAAGUUAAUUUUAGUGCAAAUGUUUUUAAGUAUUAAAUUUCACAAUAAAGGAUCAAUUGGCUUACUUGCUGAUAAAUUAAAACAGAGAAAACAUUUAAAAUCAUUCUAAAUUAAUUUUGUAUGAUAUUUUUAUUUUGGUUAGAUGCAUAAAAAUGUGUUCAGAUUUUCA